UCGUCCAUCGAGGUUGGUCCAGAUCGCCAUUAACCUCAUCGCUCAACCUGCAGGACAUCCCCUUCUCCCUAUCCUCACCACGACCCCUCAUUCCUCCCCUCCUUUGCAUCGACCUAGACCCCACUCUCACCCCCGCCUCCUCACCAUGUUGAUGCUCCGGAUCAAAUCGGUCGCCGCCGUCUUUUCCUCGUUCGCGCUCGUGAGCUAUGUGAGCCAGAAGACGACGGCCAUCAGUCCCGCCAUGGGAGAAAUGGUCAACACGUUCUUCAACGUCCACCCCGAGAGUCCUGAAGCUAGCUGCGAUCCGACGUACGGCCCUGGCUGGGUCUCCGAAGAAGGCCACUGGCAACGUUCCGACAACGCCUGUCAAUCCAGUCAAUUCAUCCAACGGUUCCGAGACACCCCUUCAUCGAAAUACGUCGACGAAUUCCCGACUCUGGUGAACAAGACCAUGUUCAUCCUCGGGGACUCUGUGGGGAGACAAUUAUGGGACCAGCUUUGUUUCGAGAUCGGCGCGCCGAAGAAUGUGAGGUAUCCACCGGGGGUGGAGCCGGCCGUACAUUAUUCCGAGGCGAGCGUUUGUACGCAGCCGGAAUUGAAUUUCACUAUCGUCGGGUUCCACCAGUAUGGCUUCGCGAACGCUACCGACCCGACAACCCUCGGAUACCUGGAGAAAUGCUUCCCCGGCGGUCCAUACGAUUACGAAACCCGAGUCCCCAACCUGUGGAACACGCUCCUCACCGAUAUCCCCGAACCGGACUACAUCUCCCUAAGCGGUGGAGCUUGGGAUUACCUGUACAUGUUCAACAGGGACAUCAUCGAGAAACGUUUCCACAACUCGAUCCCCGAAGAGGACUUGAAGACUUUUUCGGGGAGGUUGAAAGGGUUGAUAGGGUUGAUGGGGGAGAUGUUCCCGAGGAGCAAGGUGGUGUGGAUCAACAUGCACCCUCUUAACAACGUGGAUUUGGGAGCGAAACAUAACUGGGGCGGAGGGUACUUUCAACCUCCCCUCGAUCGAAGUGUGGAUUCGGUGCUCUUCCCCCCGCUUUUCAGUCAACGACGGUUGGCUCAGCACGCCCAGGCUUUACGGCUCGCCGCCGAGGAGGAAGGCGUGGAUUCCUUGGACUACUGGAAACUCAAAGACUCGUUCAACUCGGACGAUUUCUGGGCACCUAACGACCCCGUACAUCCGGGCGAUCAACCGAGGAUCGCCAUGGCCGAGAUGAUGCUGGAAAAGCUGCACCGGUGGUCCGCUUACGGUGUAUAGCAUGAUCGCCAUACGCUCGUCUGUUUCUGGUUUUACGAGGGGUUUAUCUCGGCAUCAUGGCAUUAUUGUACAGGACACCAUUUAGAAUAGAUCAGGAAUACGCUAUCAAGCACGGGAUUAUAAUGAUAUAAUGAUGUAAUGCACAAAACGAUGCAAGUUCGACAUGGCCCG